CUGUUCUCUACCGUGCUUUAUACGGUAAACCUAAUUCAGUAUUUAUUAUGAAGGAGUUUAGAUUAAGUGAAUACGAGUCCUGGGGAUUACAAUAAUGACAAAGGGGGAUUACCGUUGACGAGACGAGCUGGUUGGAUAAUAUGGGUGCCGGGGACGUUUGUCCUGUCCAGUGCUGUGAGUGUGCUUGAUGGCUCUCUGCCAGGCAGACCGGCAAAUGAAAGUUGAGAACAAGAGAGGCGAUUGAAUCCUCCCGUGUUCACCAGGAUUUGAUUUGACAGCGUUUUUGAAAGAACUGCGAGCUGACGCAACGCCACCCGAUUGAGAGGCAUAUGUUUUCUGUCUGCACAAACAUCCUGCGCGCGACUUGAAGAUAAUUCUAUACAGAUAAAGCGUUCUGUGUUGUCGCCCGGGAAAACAUUGGCGAUGCUGCGCGACUAAGGGAAGCUAAUCUAGCAGAAGCCCCAGUCCACAGCCAGCCAGUCAGCCAGGCAGGAUGACAGAGGGGGUGGAGGUGGAGGGCAGACAGAGCCAGACCCACAGGACCCAGAGGACCAGACAGAGCCAGACCCACAGGACCCAGAGGACCAGACAGAGCCAGACCCAGGGGGACACAGUCCUGCUGAGGAGGGGUAGUGGAGGAGAGGCCCCCGAGGGGCCUGAGGGACCCGAGGCUAGGGCAGAGGUGUACGGGGGGUCCGAGGUUAGGGCAGAGGGAUCCGGGGGGUCAGAGGAUGUGGUAGAGACACGGACGUCUCAGGAGUGGACCGGGGUGAACCACAGUACUGUGAGGAGGAGAACGGACAGUGACUCUGAGAAGCAGGAAAAAAAUGCGGAAGAGGAGGAGGAAGAGAAGGGUUCCCUCCACCACCAACACCCUACUGGGUCAUCACCCCACAAUGGCCCAACUGGAGAACCAAGGUCUGGGCUAUCUGAGAAGGAGUAUGCCCAACAGGUGGCCCCGGAUGGGGGCUGGGGCUGGGUGGUGCUGGUAGCUACCAUCCUGGUCCUGGCUCUAACGCUGGCCUUCCCCUCCUGUAUUGGUAUCUUUUACACAGAGCUACAGGCUGAGUUCAGCUCCAGCAACACAGAGACAUCCUGGGUGCCUGCUAUCAUGACUGCUGUGCUGCACGCUGGUGGUCCACUAUGCAGCGUGCUCGUGGAACGCUUUGGUUGCCGGGUAACGGUGAUGGUGGGAGGGGUUCUGAGUGGACUAGGCAUGGUGGUCAGCGCGCUGGCCAGAACCAUCACAGAACUCUACAUCACCAGCAUCAUCGCAGGGUUGGGGUUCUGCCUGUCCUUCCAGCCCUCUGUGACCAUGAUGGGGCACUACUUUUUGAGGCGGCGGGCGUUCGCCAAUGCCCUGUCGUCCACUGGCACGGCCCUGGGCCUCAGCACCUUACCCCUGCUGGCCAACUUCCUGCUGGGCCAGUUUGGCUGGAGAGGUAGCUUCCUGGUCCUGGGGGGGCUGCUGUUGAACUGUUGCGUGUGUGGGGCCGUCAUGAGGCCCCUGGGGGACAAACACAGAGGGGCCCCGAGGACACUCACUAACAAGGCCGCCCAGGGGCUCAGCAAGCAACCAAUCAAAGGUCCUCUCCAACAGGAGAAGGAGGGGCUUAAAGCAAGACUUAGGACAGCACUCAGUGACCUUGUGGUGUUCCUACGGAGACACAUGGCCUUUGAUCUGUUGGUCAGUAACCCUCGUUAUCGUGCCUAUGCCCUGGGGGUGACGUGGAUGAUGUUGGGGUUUGUAGUUCCCCUGGUCUACCUGGUGCCCUAUGCUACAGCCCAUGGUAUGGAACCGGACCGAGCCGCGCUGCUGAUGGCCACACUGGGCCUGGUCAACAUUGCUGUGAGACCCGUGGCAGCUGUCUUCUUCGGCCUGCCGCGCUUCAGGAGCAGUGGCUGUUUUGUGUAUGUGUUUGCAGUAGCCCUCCUGGUCAACGGGCUGAGUAACAGUAUCUGUGGUGCGGCCGCCACCUUCCCCGUGCUCCUGACCUACGUGGUGAUCUUUGGUCUGUCCAUGUCUGUGAUUGGCUCUCUGCUCUUCACGGUACUAAUGGAAACGGUGGAGAUGAGCCGGUUCUCCUCUGCCCUGGGUCUCAUCAGUAUGUUAGAGAGUGGAACACUGCUGAUUGGACCGCCGCUCGCAGGCAUGUUGGUGGACAGCACAGGCCAGUACUCUUAUGUGUUCUACGCCUGCAGUGUGACCGUCUCCUCCUCUGGCCUCUUCCUCAUCGGAGCCUUCUACUAUCUGGACAGACAGAAGGACAGAGAAGAGAAGAAGAAAGCAGGUCCUCCUGCUGCCUACCAACAGAAGCCUGCUAUCAUCCUAGCCCCUGACUGCCAGUACAGCCAUGUUCCUUCUACACAGGGAGGGAAAGCAGCAGACACUGUUUAUGUCACCAACGUGUGACGUACUAAUACGCACGUGUAACCCAGUGAGACAAACUGUGUACCUGCCUGCCAUAGA